AACACGCUGGGUUCUGCUGGGCGUUUUGGGGAAAGGAUGAGGCAUUUCACCGAAGUCUCUUAUCUUUUAGCUUGCAGUGUAAAAUCCUUGUGUGAGCUUCUCGGCAUAGCGUUAGGAUGCCUGGGUCGUUGGUGACGUGGGAUUAGCCACAGACACACUUGGGAUAGCCAUGUAAAUCAUCAGCCUCAGCCAGUGUCUGGCAGGCAGGAGGGAGACACACAGGUCAGUGAUUGAAGAACUGACUUCCUCAACAGGACACGCUCCAGAUUAAGGUUUUAAGGCAUUAACCAGGCUGGACUCUUCUUGUCACUUUUGCUGACCUGGACAUACUUUUCUGGGGAAAUUUUGCUGCCCUGAGUCGUCCGGCUUUCUCAUGACUGCUUGUCAAACUUCCCAGGGCUGGAGAUUACUAGCGCUCUGCAGAAAUUAUCUGCCCAGCAGCCAUUCAGCAUUUAUAACAAUCUCUGGCAAAGCCUCAGAAAAAAAAGAUACGCUCUUGUCUGUCUCAUCAGACAGAGAGCCCAGUGAAAAACGCUCUGCGGGUGGAAGCGACUCCAGCUGUGGGGCAGCCUCGUGCAGCUUGCUUUUCUGAAGGAGGAUGACCCAGUUAGGAAGGAAGGAAGAACCACACGUCAAACCCAGUCACUGGUGAAACCAGAGAGGGGCUCCUGCAGGACCUGGGGAAGCAGCUGGACUCCGGCUUGCCUGUCCGCAGGACAGUGCAUCGCUUCUGUCGGAAAUGGCCCACGAAGUGGACCUGGAGUCCUUCAAGGAGUUGGAACGGGACGUCAUUCUCCGCGUCCUAUAUCGAGAUCAAACUGUUCAAAGCAUCGAGGAGGAGAGGGUCCGGAAACUGAAAACGCACCUGCAGCAUCUCCGUUGGAAAGGGGCGAAGAACUCCGGCCAGGAGUACAAGGAAAAGUGCUGUGCACGUUGCCAGCGGCCUCUGGGCCUUCUGCUGAACCGUGGGGCCGUGUGUCAGGGCUGCAGCCACCGCGUGUGCUCCGAGUGCCGCGUAUUCCUGCGGAAGACUCACGCGUGGAAGUGCACGGUGUGCUUUGAGGACAGAAACGUGAAAAUCAAAACCGGAGAGUGGUUCUUUGAGGAACGAGCCAGAAAAUUUCCAACUGCAGGCAGACGCGAGACCGCUGGGGCGAAGCUCCUGCAAUCUUAUCAGAGGCUGAGCAAAAUCUCUGUGGUCCCUCCGACGCCACCACCCCUCAGUGAGAGCCAGUGCAGCGGCAGCCCCAGCAGGUUACAGGAACUUGGCCACUUCAGAGGGUUUAAUAAGUCCGUGGAAAACUUGUUUCUGUCUGUCACCACCCAUAUGAAAAAGCUCUCCAAGUCCCAGAAUGACAUGACGUCUGAGAAGCAUCUUCUGGCCAUGGACCCCAGGCAGUGUGUGAGCCACACGGAGAGGAGGAGCCAGUCUGACACUGCCGUCAACGUCGCCUCCAGGAAGGCCAGCACACCCGAUAUUCUGAAAGCAUUCCAUCAAGAAGAUCCCAAACUCCCUCCCAGCCCUGUUUUGAAGCAAGAUACCCCCCUGUCCAGUCCAACACACAGCACUGUCUUCUCUGGAGGCAUGAGACAUGGAAGCUUAAUUAGCAUCAACAGCACCUGCACAGAGAUGGGUAAUUUUGACAAUGCGAAUAAUGUCACCGGAGAAAUAGAAUUUGCCAUUCAUUACUGCGUGAAAAGCCGUUCUUUAGAGAUAUGCAUCAAGACCUGUAAGAACCUCGCCUACGGAGAAGAAAAGAAAAGAAAGUGCAAUCCGUAUGUCAAGACCUACCUGCUUCCUGACAGGUCCUCCCAGGGAAAGCGCAAGACAAGAGUCCAAAGGAACACUCUGGACCCGACUUUCGAAGAAACCUUAAAGUAUCAGGUGGACCCUGCCCAGCUGGUGACCCGGAGGCUGCAGGUCUCUGUGUGGCACCUAGGUACGCUUGCCCGGAGGGUGUUCCUUGGAGAGGUGAUCCUCCCUCUGGCCACAUGGGACUUUGAGGACAGUACCGCCCAGAAUGCCAGAUGGUACCCCCUUCGGGCCAAGGCUGAGAAGUAUGAAGAGAAUAUUCCUCAGAAUAAUGGAGAACUUGCUGUUCGAGCCAAACUGGUCCUUCCCGCAGGGCCAAGAAAGCUCCAGGAGGCCCAAGAAGGUCAGCUAGCGCUUAACGGUCAACUGUGUUUGGUCGUGUUGGGAGCCAAGAAUUUACCAGUGAGGUCAGAUGGUACCUUAAACUCGUUUGUUAAGGGGUGUCUCACCCUGCCAGACCAACAAAAGCUGCGUGUGAAGUCCCCCGUCCUGAAGAAGCAGGCAUGUCCUCAGUGGAAACACUCCUUCGUGUUCAACGGCGUGAACAGCGCUCAGCUGCGACAGUCUACGUUGGAGCUGACUGUCUGGGACCAGGCCAUCUUUGGUCUGACUGACCGCCUGCUCGGGGAAGCCAGGCUUGGCUCACAGGGAGGUGCUGCAGGUGGGGCAGACUCAUGCUCACAGUCCAAGCUUCAGUGGCAGAAAGUCCUGUCCAGCCCUAACUUAUGGACAGACAUGACCCUCGUCCUGCACUGAGAAGGCCAAGGUGACUGCGUGCCCACAAAGGCCAACAGGAAGUGAGACCAUGGCCAAAUCAGGCCCGCCGGCUCACCAAUAACCGACUACAGUUACGUGUGGGGUUAGGACAUGGAACAGUCAUUGCUACCCAGGCGGACAGACAGAUGUGGAAAUGUUCUGGUUUCAAUCAAUGCUCAACAGUGUCCGGUCACUCCCAACAUUUAUUAACAAAAAUGUAAGCUUUGUUGUAUAUGUUGUUUUGGAGGAAAAUAAAGGUAGGUUGAACGCUG